CAACUUCUGCUCAUCGAGUAUAUUUCGUGGUCUUCCCGUCUUUUCGUCCUUAUUUUUUCCGCCAUUCUUUAUGGUAGAGGGCUCGAUGAUCGAAUUUCCAAACUGUCGGCUUUGUGGAAAGGUACCCGUACCCCGGCCCUCGGCACCGCUUUUUAAUCCUUGUCCAUCAGCCAAUGCCGGGCCAAACGGCUCCCGAGUACUUGGGAAGUUUUUCAUAAGAGACCUUUUUUGAUGCACGCCUUCCAUAACCCUGCAUGCUCUCUUCAACCAUGACGAUCACAGUCGUUACCGAUUCACAUCACGAACGAGGUCCUACCGCACUGUCUACUGCAGAAACCAUCGUAGGAGACGCCGAAAGGACUUUUGUUGUUCCGCAACUGGCUGCCGACAUACCGCAAACGACUGACCCAGCGGAUGCCACGGCAUCGCGGAAGCAACCAGUCAAAGAAGAGACCCUGGAUCCUAACAUGAUAUCGGAAGUCAUUCCUCCAGAACACAAACAUCGUACUUUGGUGCUUUGCUUUGACGGAACCGGAGAUCAAUUCGACUCCGAUAACUCUAAUAUUGUACAGCUCUUCUCGUUACUGAAGAAGGAUGACCGUUCGAAGCAGAUGGUUUAUUAUCAGUCUGGAAUUGGUACCUACACGUCACCUCAAAUCGCCACCCCUUUCAUGUCGAAAAUAUACAAGACUGUUGACGUUAUGAUAGCUUGGGAUCUUAAUGCUCAUGUCAUGGCGGGAUACGAGUUCUUAAUGCAAAAUUACCACGCGGGUGAUCGCAUAUGUAUUUUUGGCUUCUCUCGCGGCGCGUAUACUGCUAGGAGUCUUGCCGGAAUGAUCCACAAAGUAGGCUUACUCCCAGCAGAUAACUGGCAGCAGGUUCCCUUCGCGUACAAGAUGUACACUCGGACGGACGAAGUCGGAUGGGAUCAAUCGACAGCUUUCAAACAAGCGUUUUCUAAUGAUGUUCAGAUUGAAUUUUUGGGCGUAUGGGACACGGUGGAUUCAGUGGGGCUUAUACCAAAAAGAUUGCCGUUUACUACCUCCAACACUAUUCUUCGAACGUUUCGUCAUGCCGUUUCUCUGGAUGAGCGUAGAGCCAAGUUCAAGGCCAACCUUUGGAACAGACCUAGCGUUAGGGAAAUGUUACUCGGAACAUCAAGAUGGACGACGCAGGGUAUCCCUCAAGGUACGAGCCAGUCGAGUACGAUAAAGACACGCAAGGGCUCGCAUGAAGAAAAGAAGGAGUCAGAGAUUGAAUGGUCCCCUCAGGAAGAAAAGUUUAUGAACGAGAUGGAAAGGCUCCAUUCGUCGUCUUCUGGAAAGCCUACCGAUAUUGAAGAAGUGUGGUUCGCGGGAUGUCAUUGUGACGUCGGAGGCGGGGCCGUGAAGAAUUCAACGCGAUAUUCUCUGGCACGAAUCUCGUUACGAUGGAUGAUUCGAGAAUGCUUCAAGACGAACACGGGAAUCAUGUUCGAUUCUCAGCGGCUAAGACUGUUAGGUCUCGAUCCCACGACCCUCUAUCCCUUCGUUACGCCGCGACCGCCGCCCCUUCCAGUCGAAUCUGCCAUGAUACGAACAGGACCCCCAAGACCACCGCUGACGAAAAGGCUUGUAUCGGCAUUUCGUCGUCGAACGCUGCCUAGCGAUACGCCUGGUCCCGAGGACGAGGCCCAUGCAAGCGCGUUGCUCGAAGAGUAUCGGCCUAUAGGGACGGAGGAGGAAGAGGAACUCCGAGAUGCAUUGUCUCCUAUUUACGAUCAGCUCAAGCGUUCAAGAUCUUGGUGGAUUCUUGAGGUGAUCCCGAUGGAGUUCCGGCACCAGAAGGGAGAUGACAAGUGGGUAUCGUGGUUUGGACCGAACCUUGCACGUCCUCGGAUCAUUCCAAAGCAAUCGAGCGGAGUAAAGGUCCACCGUAGUGUCAGAAUGAGAAUGGAAGCCUUCCACGAGCACAAUCCUCAGAAGAAGUACAAACCAAAGGUACAUUUACGGGUUGCGCCUAUUUGGGUAGACGAUCAUGUACAGCCUGUAGAGGAGCACGAGAACUGAAGUGAUGACAGCUCUGUUUCGUGGCGUGAUUCUU